AUGUCUUUGAACCGUAUCUCCUUCCUUGAGGGAUGGGAGCGCAACCCCGCAGCCUUUCUCAGUCACCCCGAAUCGGAGGAUUCGGAACCGGACUCUUACCAAGAUCUGCCUGAAGGAUCCGUGUCAUCUUCAUUUCCCUCCACAUACAGCAGACUGAAUUUCAACCCCUAUGCGGGGCCAGGCUGGAAUGAGAGUCCAGAGGAUCCACACGACGAUCGAAUCUCGUUUCUUGGGCCCUCGUUUCUAGGACUCUCACCGACGAGUACCCGUGAAGGACGUGCGGGUUCAUAUUCAGCACAGGGGCUAGGAUCUGCGGAGCGGACUGUGCACGAGGAUCCAGGGACGAUCGUUGCUCGGACGCCCUGGGCGGAUACUACUGGUGCUUAUGAAGUAAGCUCAGCUAAGAGGAUUGCCCAGGUUUUCACGGCCGUUGUAUACUGCUUUCUGGCUGCCGGAGUUGUCUUUGGCUUUGCGGCUCUCAAGCCCAUCCUUAUUCGAGAGAAAGUAUAUCGCAACCUCUGCUCCCAGGCGGAGCUUGAGGAAGAUGUCGAUGUCUGCUAUGGGCAAGAGAUACGGCUAAACCUGAUGUUUACCAUCGCCGCUGUAGUAACAAAUGUCUCAGCCCUACCUGUAGGAACCAUCCUAGACGCAUAUGGACCACGAGUUAGUGGAAUCAUCGGCAGUAUCUGCCUCGCCAUAGGAGCAGUGCUCUUCGGGACAGCCAACAAGCUUCCAUUCGAUGGAUACAUCCCAGGCUACUUAUUCCUAGCACUGGGCGGCCCAUUCGUAUUCAUUCCAUCCUUCCAUCUAUCGAACACAUUCCCCGCACGAUCAGGCCUGAUCUUAUCAAUGCUGACAGGCGCCUUCGAUGCCUCGAGUGCUCUAUUCCUGAUUUUCAGGCUUUUAAGCGAACACACUCAGGGCCUUGUAUCAAUCAACAAUUUCUUUGCGGCAUACCUCAUCGUACCGGUAUUUAUCAUCGCAGCACAGAUCUUCAUAAUGCCUACAACAUCUUACAAAACCGCCGGCGAGCUCGUGCAACAAGCCGCAGCGCAGGUCGCAGACGAGAUACACGAUCGCAUAGACGAGACCGUCAACGACCGCAACGAGAGCGAGCGCCAGCGUAUGAAUAGACGACUCCGUCGCCAAAGCAUCGUCAGCAACAUACAAAAUCUACUAGACGAUGGGACAGCGUCUGUGAUAUCCGGAAAUCCCAUCAACGACGCCAUCUUCCAAACCAAUAUCGACGCCUCGCUCGACGUACAUACCACUACUAGAGGAACCCACGGCACUGCAACACCCCGUUCCCACACGCAACAAGAACAACUACAACCAACCACCCCCAACCCCAACCCCAUCGCAGGCGGAAUCUGGGGCGUACUCCACGGCCACAGUGCACUGUACCAACUACGCACACCAUGGUUCGUACUAAUAACAGCCUUCACUGUUCUAAUGAUGCUACGAAUAAACUACUUUGUCGCAACUCUGCGCUCACAAUACACCUACCUUCUCUCCGCCGAGACAGCAGCACAAAUAAACACCACAUUCGACAUCCUCCUCCCAAUCGGCGGACUCGUCUCUGUCCCGUUCAUCGGCACAUUCCUGGACAUAUUCCAGACACGCACUGUGCUAUUCAUCCUGGUGGUGUUGGCAACUACCAUCGGUGUGCUGGGCUGUAUACCGCACCCGAUCGCAGCAUACGGGAAUAUCAUUCUGUUUGUGUUGUACCGACCGUUCUAUUACACUGCUGUAUCAGACUACGCGGCUAAGGUGUUCGGGUUUGCGACGUUUGGGAAGGUGUACGGGCUUAUUAUUUGUCUUGCUGGUGUUGGGAAUUUUGCGCAGGCGGGACUUGAUGCGCUUACCUUGAGGGUUUGGAGGGGGGAUCCUGUUCCUGUUAAUGUUGGGCUUACGGUGUUGGUUGCUGGCGUUGGGGCUGGACUCGUUGGGUUUGUUGCUUAUCAGACGGGUAUUUUGGAGGUUAAGAGGAAGGGUCAGGGUGAUCAGGGUCAAGAUGUUAGGGAGAGGGAGCCGUUGUUGAGGAAUGGAGAACCCGGGAGAGGGUAUGGGGUUUGA